CGAGUACUUGCGAGUUUCAAAAUUAUGCAGCUUAAAUUGCUGUUUCUUAGUAACACGAUGGGUAUAUUGGAAAAGUUGAGCCUCUCGCGCAGCGACCUACCGACCAUGAUGUGGAGUGUCGCAGUAUCUCUGCGAGUGGUGGCGGUAAAAAUUGAGAGCGGCGCCAAAAGUAUCCCGAUAUUCUUCUACGUCCUGGCGGCGGUGAACAUAGUGGUGUACUUCUUCAACUACUACGCAUCCAUGUUUGUGUUCGUGUUGGUGGGGUGCCGCGAGUCGGGGGACAUGCUGGCCGGCAUCAUGGUGCUCUCCAUCAGCAUGAACAGCCUCAUCGGCGUCAAUAAGCUCUUCUACAUUUACACACACCAGGACCAAGUACAAUCAUUGGUGGCUGACUACAUGGCGUACGACCGCGUGCCACCAUGGCCCGGCACCACGGCCCUAAUGGCCAAACUCAUGUGGAGUGUCAAGAAAAGACUAUUAUUGUUCUGGACCGUUACCAUGGGCAACGCCUUCAUCUUUAAUCUGCAGCCACUUGUGAUGCCGUCGUCGGAACUUAAUUUGUACGACAAGCAUGUGGUUUAUGGUUUGAAAUUCAUUCUUGGUAUAACAAACUACCAGAUAGCUGUAGUCAACAUAAUAGCCUGCACCUUCUUCAUCUGCUACAUAACCUCCAGCAUCGGCGGCUUCCUCAUCGUAACUUGCGGUUACAGUGAAGUAAGGCUGCUGGCCCUCGGUCAAGAAAUGCGAGACCUCUGGAGCGAUGCCCAUAAGCACUACAGUGACAACUUUGAAGAUGCUGUUUACGACCGAAACUCAGCAAAGCAAUUAAACAACUAUAUAAAAUAUCGCUUGCAAGAUAUAGUUAAAAGCCAUGCGACUAAUAUCAGCUGCACAAAGAAGCUUGAAGAGGUAUUCCGUAACGCAAAUGCGGCAGAAUUCAUCCUGCUCACAGCAGGCCUUAUUGUUGAUCUCCUAGGAGGUCUGAGCGACACUUACAUAAUUUUGCCUUUUUCCAUCAUGCAAGUCAGUAUGGACUGCUAUCUGGGGCAAAAGCUGAUGGACGCAAGCAAGACUUUUGAGACGUCUGUCUACGAUUGUAAGUGGGAGAAUUUCGAUGUCAAUAAUAGGAAGACGGUGCUGUUGUUAUUGAGGAUGUCUCAGAAAACGCUCUCGCUGUCGGCCGGCGGCGUGGCCACGCUCAGUUUUGAAUGCUUAAAGGCCAUGUAUAAAGCUGUGUAUUCCGCUUAUACAGCUUUACGAUCAACGAUUUGAUCAUCAUGAAUCAGUAAACAUACUUAAUUCAAGUCCGUAGUAACGUAGUAACGAUAGCGUGCAAAGACGGUACCGACCACAGAACUAGAUUUGGAUAGAAGA